AUACCCUAAGCGGGAUGGUGGUCCGCUUAGUUUAAAUAUAUUCUUCUAUUUGUAAGAAAAGUAUGGAAAGCUAGUUUACUAAAAUGUGAAAUAUAUUUCUCUUCUUUAAAAUGUUAAAGAAUAAUAUUUUGUGAUGUGUCAGUGCUCUCUGAAUUUUUUAUUAAAUUCGAGAAUUAGUGCAACGAUAUAUGUGUGUGUUGCACUCUACUCGAACACGCAUAUUAAAUGAUCAAUUGAAAUAAUGUUUGUUUGAAGUUACAUAUUUUCGUUCUUAAAAUGGUGGAUUACAAUAGUUACAAAAUGUCAACGAGCGAGGAGGAUUUUGAGCAACAAGCUCAUCCAGGAAUGACCAAAGCCGAGCUCAGAAGGAAUAAUAAACCAAUUAUGGAAAAAAGGAGACGGGCACGUAUUAAUCAAUGUCUCGACGAAUUGAAGAAUCUUAUUCUCGAAGCAUUGAAGAAAGACCCGACAAGACACUCGAAGCUCGAGAAAGCCGAUAUUCUCGAAAUGACGGUGAAGCACUUACAGACAGUACAGCGUCAACAAUUGAGUACCGCAAUUGCAACAGACCCAGCGGUACUAACGAAAUUCCGUUCCGGAUUUUCCGAAUGUGCUACGGAAGUAUCGCGGUACGUCAGCAACCUAGAGAACGUCGAUCCUGCCGUGAAGCAGCGUCUACUCUCACACCUAAACAAUUACGUUAGUAAUCUCCAGCAAAUAGGACCGUUCUAUGGCCACUACGUGCCCUACAUGCCGGAACGUCUCUAUCCGGAGGUAAAGGUCGGCUACCAUAGCGAAGUAGCCAAUGGGGAUGAGAAUAACAACUCUAGCACCAGGAUACAGAUACCAAACGGCGUUCAGUUGAUACCUAGCAGACUUCCGACAGGAGAGCUCGCUCUACUAGUCCCACAAUCAGCAGCGAUUUCUUCAAACUUUUCUUUUUUCCCACAUCCCUCAGAAUCAAUAUCCAGAACGAUAGCAUCAUCGGCUUUCUCAUCGGUACAUAGAAUACAUAGUCCACUAGACAGUCCAUCAACGUCCACCUCUAGCUACGGAGAGGAGAAUCAUCAUUUGGAAUGUUAUCCUCAAAUACAUCAACAGCCGAAGUUCAAGAUACCCGAACAAAGUUCUGGCAGUGGUAAAAGUUUUACCAGUUCGCCAGACACUCAAAAAGCUCAGAUUACUUCUAGCAGCGAUAGAAAAUCGCCUAUAUCAUCGACCUCGUUUGACUAUAAAUCCGAAGUAAAUGGUAAUCUUAAAAAAGAAUCAAUUUAUAAUUUUUCUGAACAGAUAGAUUGCAUAGCCUCGACGAGUUUAAGGCAACCUCUUUCAGUUAUUACUGAUAAGACUUAUAAUCGUCCGUGCACAUCAUUAAGUAACAAGGAUAUCAAAAGACAUCCUUCGGAAAGAUUACUCGUAAUCCCUGAGAAAAAACAAAAGUUACAGGAGGAUACUCCGUCGUCAUCUGUAACGUUGGACGAUAAGAGAAAUGAAAAUAGUAAUGACGUUUCCGCCGAGGAUCGAACAACAAAUGCAUCUUCGACAAGUUCCAAUACAAGUCGUUCUAAUGCAAAUUCCUCACAAGGUUUUUCUAACACUGCUGGUCCAUCCUCGUCUAAUGGUGACAUGUGGAGACCAUGGUAAUCGAUCUCGUUAAUCUGAAGAAGAUUGAAGCGAAAUUUGGUUUUUUGUGAUCUAUUUUUAUAAUAUUCUUUUAGAAAAAGCAUCAUAAGAGUCUUGCGAUAUUAAAAAAAUGCUUUGACGAAAAAUUAAUGUUUCUCAUUAAUCGAUAAUUUCAUUUCCAUUAUAUAUUUCAUCUGUAUUUUCAUCUAUAUUAUGUAUUACGAUCGUAUUGAUUAAUUAAAAUUUAUGUUUUCUUUUCAUUAUUAUAAAAUUCUUUUGUUUAUGAAACAAAAAAAAAAAAAAAACAAUUUUCAUGUAGAUUGUAAUGAUAAUUGUCUUUAAUUUCGUGCCAAAGGACAAGACAUUGUAGUUUUUAUUUUUUCUUUUUUUUUUCUUUCUUUGUUUUGUUUUUAAGGGAAAGGACAAAGAAAAAAAAAAGAUAUUUUCUAUGAAGAUUCCAAUACUACCAAUAGAUCAGUUACCAUUAAUUUGGUAACUGGAGAACAUACAUACUUCUAAUCUUUAAAAUAUCAAUUAAAUCUCAUAUUAAGCCUCGCUUGUGUAUAAUUCUGUAAAUAGUUGACAGUUUAAUUUAAUUUACUUUCUAAUUUAGCAUUAAAUAUUGUGAGAUUAGAAGAAGUCAUGGUGUUUAUCUUUAUAAGCACGAAUAGUAUUAAGUGUUUGUGAUAAAUAUUAUAAUAUUGAAAUAAACUAUUUGUCAAAAGUCAAGUUUUUCGCACGCAUAAUAUUUAUUAGCACGCGAAAAGUUUAUAAAAUUAAUGUCCUCCUUAAUAUUUCUUUUCUAAGCGUAUAGACAAUUUUCACGGUAAAGAGAGAGAGAGAGAGAGAGAGAGAGAGAGAGAGAGAGAGAGAGAGAGAGAGAGAAUGAAUGAAAGAAAAAAAAGGAGAGAGAGUUUCGCAUCGGCUUUGUUGAAAAAGUUAUCGGGCGGGAGACGCUUUACCCUUUUAAGGAGCAUUAAACGCGCUCCGGUUCAUAAGCUGGAACUUAUUCCUUCUUUUUUUGCUGAUAAAGGAGUAAAAAGGUACAGGCGAACGAGAAUUUCAACCACCUGUUACACCGCAAAACUACCCCUCGUUCUCAUCGACUCAAUGCUUGAACUGAUUUAUCGACAGAAACCUCGGAUACUCGCUACUUUCCUCUUAUAAACGUUAUUCAAGAAAUUCAAGUCCGUGUUUAUCGUCUAGAGAAAUAGUUUAUUUUAUUAUCUUUGUCGUUUCAAUGACCACUUCAUUGCUUUAAAAGAGAAGAAGAAGAAGAAGAAAACUCUCUAUUUAACGAAACCUCAUCGACAAUCAAGUAUCGAUCAAUAAUAUCACGUUAUAUUAAAACGUUCAUCUCUUUGACAUUAUUUUUAUAUAUCCUAAUAAUACAAAUUUUUGCAUGCUUAUAUAUUUAAUUCUUUAGAAAAAAAAAAGAAAAGAAAAGAAAAGAAAAGAAAAAAAAAAGUAAGAUCAAUUAAUAAUGUGACUUCUCGAACGAUUUAUAUGAAUCAAAACGCUAAGUAUCAACGCAACCCGAGAGAUGGCAUCAGUAUACGUCCGACGCUAAUAUUUGCCGGGAUUUUUCAAAUUUCAAUCGUCUUAAUGAGAACUACGUCAAAUUUUAAUACAAAUAUUAUCAAUUCGAACAUUCUAUCAUUGUUAUAACAAAUUUAGAUAAUAUAGAAUAUUAACUUCUAGAGUUAUAAUUAAAACGAAUGUUGAAAGUAUAUCGUAAGAAAAAUAAUAAAUUUCUUUUAAAUAUAAAAUCAAACCAAUGUAACAUUAACAAAAUCUUGUCUAUCAAUGAACAUAUUAACAUUUAUCAAAGAAUACAUUAAUAUCUCUAUUUACAUUAUUGACUUAACUAUCAAUCGAACGACUUAAAGGAAUAAAAAAGAAAAAGAAAUGCUAAAAUUGAGAAGGAAAGAGAAAGAAGAAGAUAAGGAUAAAGAUGAAAAUAAAUUAUAUUACAUACGAAUAAAGUGAGAUA